UUUCGUGGUAAAAUGGCUAAAGGGAAAAUUUUGAAGUUGCAUAACCCGAUAGAGAAGCAUUUCAAUGUGAUAACGCCGUAUCAUUACUACUUUUUCUUUUUGAUAUUCUUGAGUAAACUGCCCAUUUUCUGGCAUGUACUGAACCUGAUAUUUUUGACGCCUCCGAUGAAGUAUUCCUGUGAAGGCGGCUGUCCAUAUUGUCCAUAUCUUUCCUGGGAUAGGAGUGUGUUCUCUGAGACGAUGCAGACUAAAUUCAAUUUGGUGUGCGAUAAAACGUGGCUCGUGAGCUUCUCGAAUAGCAUCUCUUACGUCGGAACGCUCAUUGGGUCGUUACUCUUUGGAUUUCUGUCAGACAAAUUCGGGCGCCUAAAUUCCUUCACAAUCAGCUGCCUUAUCUUGGCAAUCUCUGGUUGCCUCGUCAGCGUCAUGCCCAUGGAAGGUCUCUUCAUCUUCAUGCGGUGCAUCGAGGGCAUCGGCGUCGGAGGAGCCAUCGUGACUGCCUACGUCCUCUGCAUCGAAUUCUGCGGAGUCAGACACCGGGAGUCCGUCACUGCCUUGUUCCACAUUCCGAUCAACAUCAGCCAUAUGACCUUAGCUGGGAUAUCGUACUUGUUGAGGCACUGUGACGACUUCCAACUGGCGUUGUCGGUGCCGGUAUUCUUCUUCGUGGCGAUGAAGUGGCUGGUGAUGGAGUCUCCUAAAUGGCUGAUGGAUAAUGAUAGAGUGGAGGAGGCGGCGAUUGUGAUGGAAAAGAUAUCCAAAUUUAAUAGGCUUUCGAGCGAAACAAUUAAAGAAGAAAUCGAAGCCUAUCACGCAAGCCAGGGCCAGAAGCGGCGGACCAAAGUGAAGUUCUGGCAAAUAUUCAACCACAAAAAACUUACUUUGAACCUCGGGUGCAUGUCAGUCAUCUACUUCGUGUGCGGCAUGGGCUAUUAUGGCGUGUCCCAAUACAUCGGGAGAAGGUGA